AUGUCUGCCCGACCAGAUUCGGAGUCUGCGUUCAGGUGUUACUUCGCCUCUAAUCAUGGAUAUGCCCUGGUUAUCACCCAAUUUGAGGCCAUCAUCUGGCCAUUCUCUAGCAUGGUCUCGUCACCUUCACCUGCCGAUGUCUACCGGCUUCCGAUACCUGAUUCGUACAUGGAAAACAACAACUUUUCGCCCCUGGGGAUGAUUUUAUCCACCUCCACUAGUUCUACCCCUGGUUUGAUCAUCGUGAUGCCUCACAACGGAAAGAUCGUAUACUGGGAGACCGUAUCGCACACAUUACUAGGUUCGCGGAAACAAGCAGGGCUCCAAGGAUACAUCCCAGGAAUGCUCUCUGGUGAAUAUGCAACAGAUGUAGUGAACGGAGAGCCUUCGGGCGUCAUAGUCACAUUUUCAUCCGGGCGGGCUGCUCAUGUUACCCUCAGAGACUCCCAAGGAAAGCCAGCCGUGACGGUGAGCUUUCUGAAGAACCCAUCCAACACUGGUGGAAUUGGAUUCUUUGGUGGUAUCAAGAGUGUCAUCGGGGCCGGAUUUUGGAGAAAGAAAGUCGCCGCUGUGCGUCCAGGCGAAUCCUACCAGCGGGGUCAGCGAGAUAUCAUAAUUGCGACUUCGGCGGGCUUGGUAGAGAUAUGGGAUACCCACUGGAACAAUGGCAGUAUGUUCAAAAAGCAAUUCGACAUCAAGGGAGACUUGCUGGCGGCAACCAAGAUGGAGGAUGCCAUUGACUAUGAAGUCAGAGUUUGGGAUCUGGCGGUGGGCAGUUCGCAGUCAGGUCAUGAGGUUUCGGUUCUAUUUGGCGUGUUCUCUGGGUCAGUUAUCCAAGGCGUGUUUGUUUCCCGAUUGCGGCUUUCCGAACACGCUCAGAUUCUCUCGACAAGUUCUAUCAGUUUACAUAACUUUCCCACUGAUUCAGCUGAUCCGCAGCCUCGUCUGUUUGUUCCACGACCUGGUGAAACGGCCUUCAUUGUGAUCAACCAGUCUGUCAUAUUGCUGUCGUUGACAGCACCUGCCUCCUCGGAUGCAGUCCUCAUUGACAAAGGUUUUCACUCUUCCAUCAACCUUCGUUCCGGGAAGGUCUAUGAGAUACUAGGAAUCGGGUCUGAAGAUCAAAAUGGCUGUUCAUCCUGCUUACUUAUGAUCAGAGAGUUCGGUGUGGUGCGUAUCACUGCGUCAUCUCGGCAGGAAAUCGCAACUGUGGCAACUCGGCCAACAGCACAGCAUAAGCUUGAACAGGCCGUAUUUUACGGUACAAUGCUAGGGAACCCUCUUGAUCUGUCCAGCAAAGGAGACCUGGAUUUUCCUGUUCGGGAAGUUGAGGAAGCGACUUUGGGAAUCUGUCAAGGUCUACUCCGGUCAACCUCAAAGUUUAUUCCAACAGCGGCUAUAUCUAUCGACCAGAAUUUGAAACUGCGGGCAAAGGCGCUGGAUGAUCUUUCACGGAUUCUACUUGAUCAUAAUAAAAGUCUUGAUCGUCGGAUCUGGUGGGAAUUGCUCUGGGGUGCUGAGAAACUUGCGGCUCAAAGGGCAAUCUGGAGGUGGCACUGCCAAACCAAUGGCCCUUUCCUUGCGCAUGUUGUGAAAGUGAUGAGUGAAAAGUUCAAGACAAAGGUGGUUGACUCUGUUGAUCCAUUGCGUCACUGGUUUCUAUUUGAUACUUAUCGAAUGGAACAUAUAUUGCCUUGGAUUUUUCAUGCGACGAAACCACAAAAAGGCCAUACAUCAAAUCAAAUGCGGCGGAUGUCAGAGCAGAUUCUGGAAGCCAGCGAGUUGUCUCUAGCAGUCUUGGAGACUGCUUUCAGGUAUCGGGAUGAGCAUGCUAGCCAAUUUGGAAUCGGAGAUGGUUAUUUAGAAGAGGGGGUAUUGGUAACUAACUACGAAGGCCUUCCAGAGUUCUGGACGUCGCAAAAUAUCAGUUAUUCUGAAACCGGCCAUUUGUUGGAUCUCGAGCUUGACAGUUGCAGGGCCAUGCAGCAAAACUCAACUAGUUCUGACGGAUCAGACCAGCAGAUCAUCGCGAAGAUUGCGCGAAACAGUGCCAGGCACCUUCGCGUUUUGGGACAGAUGUAUACCGAACGGAUCCGAUGGCUAUCAGCUCAAGAGGACCAGUCGCUUCUCGAUGAAGCUUCCGCAACCAAGCAGUCACACAUCAAACAGCGGAGAUGGCAGCUAUUUAAACUAGCAGGUAUUGGGCAGUUGGGAGAAGCCAUGAACUUGGCCGAGGGUUUCCAUGACAUGAGUGCGCUGGUGGAAUUGAUCAUAGAGCUUCAGGAUCAAAAAGGCGUGACUGUUGCCGACCUGGAUACUCCAGGUGGUGUCGAGCUCGACAGGAAAAUAACACAUUAUUUCGAAAAAUUCGGAGAUGCGUGGGCGGACGCCUUCUUCGCUCGGCAAAUUUCAACAGGACAAUCAGGGAUCUUGUUUUCAGUCAAAAAGUUUCAACCAUUUGUUACUCAGUUCUUGCAUAAGCACAAGUCUUAUGCCAGUCUCAGCUGGAUCAAUGAUGUGAUUGGUGAGGCAGACUACCACUGUGCUGCAAAGACCUUGGAAAAGCUCGCUCUCGAACGGGAACAGGGUAUCUGGGGCCAUCGGGUUAAAAUAUCUUUGGCCAAACUUGCUCAUCUAGCAACAUGGGAAAGGAAUGAUCUUCCUAAUACUCGGCCCGUGCAGAAUGAUAUAAAGCGGCUCGAGGGCCUAGCGGAGAUGGGCGCUGUUCAGGAAGUCAUCUAUUCCUUUAUUUCGCCAGUAUUACAAGAUGCCAUCGACCAAAAAGCCGAGAUAGACCUGGUGACCGAUCAUUUUGCGAAUUCGACCGCCCAGGACCGGCCAUCGCUACAUGAGUUACUCAAGGAAGCUCUAGCGGGAGUGGUGUCCAGAAGAAUGCUAAGCCCUGACCAACUCGUCGACUUGUUGACGCUUAUAGGACCUAGUCAGGAUUCGGCCAUUGGACAAAAUGAAUUUUCUGGGGACGAGUUCCAUUUAGCCUUGCGAGUGAUUCAACUUGGGCUCAACCCUAAGUGUGAUCCGGCCUACAGCCUUGCGCUCCAGAAACUCGUGUGGCGGAGGUGCAUUAUCAAGGACAAUUGGGAUGACGCAAGCACCAGCGAGUCUGAACCGUUCAGAUCCACUGCACUAUUUCGUACCUUUGAAUUGUGUCUCAAUGGUCGCACUGGUCCUGAUAUCGCGCCAUUUUAUGUUCCGGUUCGUCCACAAGACGUGCUCAUGAACGACUGUGAAGCUGCCCUUCUCGCAUCGCGUUUUCGUCCUGAGCAACGAAGCCGAAUCGCCCGUGAUCUUGAACAGGAGAACUCUACUCUUCUAAAUUAUGUCGAGAAAGGAGAGCUGGAAUUCUGGUUCAAACAGCUUCUCUCGUCUGCUGGGGAAGAAAGGAAGUCAGUGUCACCACCUGCCAGUACCAACUUCAAAGACGACCCGUCGUGUCAGACACAAAGUUCAAAUCGGAAAGAGCCGCUUAGUUGGUUGUAG